AUGAACCGUUUCCUGAGAGCUGGGCAGAAUGGAGGGCUGCUGACCGACUGCAGGGAGCUGUCACCCAACCACACCACCCGGGGACCUGGCGGCGGCGGCGGCAGCGGCGGGUCGGAGCCGAGGAGAUCCGCGCUUAAACGCAGCCGAGCCGGCCGGGAGGGACGAGAGGAACCGGAAGCGGCAGCGGCGGCGGAUCAGUCAGCGGCUGCCGUCGCGGUGCGCGGCGGCGGCGGUGGAGAGGUGUGCGUCGGGAAGCAGCAGCAGCAGCAGCGGCGUCGGGAGGCUCAAGGACGCAGCGUCGGUGGAGAAGGUCUGGAGAUGAUUUCAGCGGUCAGCAGAGAGGCGGACGGCGGCGGCGGCGGCGGCAACAAUAACAACAACGGCGUCUCCGAAGUGACCACGGCCUCUCCUUCUGCGACAUGCGCCAAAGGCAAGGAGGAGAGGAAGGGGAAAAACGUGAUCCGGGGCUGGAAGAGGGAGAGAGACAGGGAGAGGGACAGGGAGAGGGACGCCGCCGCUCCCCCUGCCGCUCCUCCUGUCCGGACUAGGAAGGAGAAGCCCGGCGAUGGCUCGUCUCCUCCUCCCUCCGUCUUCCUCUCGUCGUCCGCCCUGCCCGAGCAUCAUCUGUGCCGCGACGGCCCCGGACACUGCCACUGCGCCUCUCCGGACUCCAGAAUCAUGGGAGAUAAUAGCAACACUAACAACGUAAACAAUAACAACAAUAGCGGGAGUAACGGCGGCGGUGCUGCCAAUAAAACCGCGCUGGAUUGUGGAGUUAAAAGCGGCGGUGGCGCUAUUGUUGUCAGGCGGCAGCAUGACGACACACCGGCCGCCAAGAAACACAGAGGAGCCGAGAAGACACAAAGAGUGGACCCCAUGUUCACGGUGCCAGCUCCCCCUGCUCCAGGCCACCCCGGAGCCCCCGGCUCCUCCCUGCCCUCGGCUCCUUCCUUCUCCCCUCCAGCCCUGCCCACCUCCAACCCCAAGCAGAUGGCGGUGAGGACGAGGUCUAUCGGCACCAACACCCAGGAUGGAGGCGCGUCAGGGGCGCUGGAGGGCGACUCGGCCUGUCUGGGGCCCUGUCAGCCUGGGACCAGCGUCAACCUGGAGGGUAUCGUCUGGCACGAGACGGAGGAAGGUGUGCUGGUGGUGAACGUGACGUGGAGGAAGAGGACCUACGUGGGAACUCUGUUAGACUGCACCAAACACGACUGGGCUCCUCCGAGGUUUUGUGAGUCUCCCUCCAGUGACCCUGAGUUGCCAGGUGGGCGUGGCCGAGGGAAACGGAUGCGAAUGGCCAUGGCUGAUCGGCCCUGCAUUGAGCCGGCCCCCGCUGCCAAAGUCAGGGGUCUGUCGCAGCACAGGAGCCGUGGAGGUGGUGUGGCUGGAACCACUGCACCUAUCCACAGCAAGGGACGGAGAGGCAGCCUGAACCUCAUCAACAGCAACUGCCGAACUCCUCCUUCUUUCUUCACUGUGGAGGAGGUGAAAUCCUCCAACAGCGCCUCCACCCUCUCGUCUGGGAAGCGAAAGAACAAACCACCGGCUGACCUGGACCUCAGCCUUGUCGCUGCUGACGACAUUAAAAAUGGAAACGGGAAGCGGAUUCGCGCCAAAUCCCGCAGCGCCCCGUCCACGCCGCAGGGCAAAUCUGACCCUUCAUUCAUGGAUCCAGGAGGAGGUUGUGCUUCCUCGCCACCUCCCCCACCCAUUCUCAUUGACUGCCCUCACCCCAACUGCACUAAACGCUAUAAGCACAUCAACGGACUGCGCUACCACCAGACACAUGCGCACCUGGAGGCUGAAGAGCAGAGGAAACCUGAGCUGGAGCCCAUGAAGGAUGGGGAGAGUGAGGAACGACUAUCAGACUGUGAGGACACCAUCAGCAACAUGACAUAUGACCUCUCAGAGACAAACAACAGCACUAAUGCCAACAGUUCCUCAAAGAAACCUGCUCCUCUGUACAAGGUUACCACAGUAGGGUCCCCUAAGAACAGACGGCUACUCCUCAGUACCGACCACAGCCCCACAGCCAACUCCAAAACCAGAAGAACCUCACUGCUAAAAGAUGGGCUGAUCGAUGACCUCAGCAAUCUGCCCAUCAUCUCCAACAUGACCGUGGUUCUCGAGAACUGCAUGGUCCCAGACAGGAACUCCACGGUCGAGAUGCCCAAGCUGGAAGCUGAAGGUUUGAUCGACAAGAAGGGAGGUGCAUGCGAUAAGGGCAAGAAGGCCAAUGGGAAGGUAGAGAAGCUGUCGAAGUCACGGACCAACCGGCCAAUCGCUCCAGCCCCUGCUCCUCCCAAGCUGAUCGCCAUACCCAACGCAACGUAUCCCUCUGGCACAGCAGAUACUGCCACCUCACAGCAGCCCUCUCCCAUGGCAGCUGUGGGCCUCACGAGUAAAAACCUUCCCCUGAAACCCAUCAAACCAAAGCUGAGCAUCGUUGUGGAGCCGAGCCUCGUCAAAGCCACGCUGGUCACCUGCAGCAAAGAGACCAGGAAGAAAGAGAAACGGAGGCUUAAGGACAAACAUAAAGAUGCGCCAACCAGAACGCCCAAUGGAGACAGUGGUGGAAUCAAAAUGGAAGAUGUUGGCGGUGGAUCCAAAAUGGGUGUCAAGGAGAUUUCUGGAAGCCUUCUGAAGGAGCACCUCAGUAAGCAGGAUGUGAUGAACGGACUCACUGAAAGCCAGGAGAGCAGGAUGGCGAGUAUCCGUGCAGAGGCCGACAAGGUCUACACCUUCACUGACAACGCCCCCAGUCCUUCCAUUGGAGGUUCGUCACGGCUAGAUGCAAGUGGUAGUUGCCUGGCAACAGCAGACAGCAGCAGCAAGAACAACAGCCCCGCCUACUCUGACAUCUCAGAUGCCGGGGACGAUGGGGGAUCUUCCGAAUGUCGCUCGGAUGGACUCAGAUCCAAGUCUGCCUCCUCGGCCUCUUCCGAGGUGAGCUCUAACAGUAACCAUGGUAACUCUGGUAAAACCCCACCCACAGCAUCUGCCCCAUCAUCUAAAGACUCCCAAUCCCCGUACUACCACAGCUACGAGCCCUACUACCUGCAGGGGUACAUGCACUCGGACAGGCAGAACAGCAGCAGCGUCGCUUUCCACAAAAGCUCUUCCCAUGACAGCAAAGGGAAAGACAGAAAGGAAGAAGUGAAAGAGGAUGACAAAAGCUCCUCCCACGAGUUCACAGACUCUAAGAAAGGCGACGGGCCGCCUCAGUCUCAGCUCCAGUUGGCCAUGAGUCAGACCCAGACCGCCUUGGCUCAGUCCCUGUACUAUGGCCAGUACUCCAGAGGACUUUACAUGGACCAGAAACUGUUACUGGCCUCCAAAUGCUGUGACCAGACGCCCAGUGCCAAGCAGAGGGGCGAGAGGGGACAGGGGUUGAGAGACAGUGAGGACGUUAAACAUAUGGUCGGGGGUUCAGUCGGGGGACCCAUGCUAGGUAAAGGUCCAGACGGCGCUAAAGGUUGCUGUCCCAAACCCGUCCUGUCCUACGUGGAGAUGAGUGAGAGAGGAGAAAGGGGACAGAGUCUGGGCUUAAAGGCUGUGCACGGUGGCAUGGUGGACCAGCACCAGGUCUCGAUGAAAGACUGUGAUGACAUCAAGUCACCCUCCUCUUCCUCUUCUUCAUCACUCCACAACCCAAACAGUCAGACAGAUCUGGACUCAAAUGUUUCCUUUUCCAGUCCCUCAGACGGCCCCGCCUGGGCUCACCGCCUCGCUCACAGCAAAUACUCAGAGCUACAGAGUCAACAUGGAGAGGAGGCCGAGGAGGGUGAAGCAGACAGGGGGAAAGAAUGGGGAGCUACCGUGGAGCCUGCCGGGGCCAAGAUGACCUCAGGAGGAGGAGGAGGAGGAGAGAGAGGAGCAGGUGUGGGCGGGGACGCUAAAAAGGCCAGGGUCCACGGAUCCCACGAUCUCCCGCCUGCCAUCGACGCAGAGGAUCCGGACCGGCUGGAGGGGCUGGAUGAUCAAGGCCAGGAGCCAAUAGGAGUGCUGUCUGAGGAGUCCCAGAGCGCCCGGGCAGCUGUGUCUCCUCCCAUGACCCCCCAGCAGCCCUACAUCCAGUACCAGCACUCCUCCUACCCGCCCUACCUGGCAAUGUGUGAGAGCGGCGGGGGCUCCUACAGAGGGGUGUCCCCAACCCUGGUCCACAAUUACCCAGGUUUCCACUAUCCUCUGUACGGUAAGACAGCGGGCAGGGAGGAGUCGGAGGUGACUCCACCCGGCAGAGGAGGAGCAGUGAGCGGCAAGCAGAGCGGCGACUCGUCCUCGUCCUCAGCCAUGGAGCUGCUGCAGCAGCAGAGCCAUCAGUACCACGGAAAAUCUCCUGCUCCUGGUGAGAAGGGUUCCCCCGAGGCAGAGCGAGAGACGGAGAGAGAGAGGAACCACGUGUCGUUCGCCCGACACCUCCACACACACCAUCACACACACCUGGGUAUGAGCUACAACCUGAUGUCAGGACAGUAUGACAUCUACCAAGGGUUGAGCUCCAGGUCGCUGGUCUCCAGUCAGCAGGUGUCAGGACACUCCUCUACUGAGGGCGAAGGGAAGAAGUAGGACCAUGUGACCACGUCUCACAUGAGGAACGGCAGAUU